CCCGGGGUGGCGCCGUUCGGACUCCGCGUCCCAGCAUUCCCUGCGCGAGCCCUGGAGCACUUCCGCCCUGGUGUGAAGUGGGUGUCUCGGUGGAGCCGUGGAGCCCCCGAAGGACUCACCGUAGAUGCAGGAAGCCGUUGGAUGAGGACAGCCCAGCUGACGUGAAGCAUCCAGACUGGACCAUGGCGGUGGCCCUGGAAUCCCAGGCCCAUGCCUCUCCCCCACCAGAGCCUGAAGAAGUCCUGAUUGUGAAACUGGAGGAGGACUCGUGGGGCUCAGAAUCCAAACCCCAGGAGAAGGGCCACGAGUCUGUCUCAGGCCCUGAGGCCUCCCGCCAGCGCUUCAGGCAGUUCCAGUACAGGGAUGCAGCUGGACCCCACGAGGCCUUCAGCCAGCUCUGGGCUCUCUGCUGUCGUUGGCUGAGGCCAGAGAUCCGCCUCAAAGAGCAGAUCCUGGAGCUGCUGGUGCUAGAGCAAUUCCUGACUAUCUUACCCAGGGACGUCCAGACCUGGGUGCAGGCGCGCCACCCUGAGAGCGGUGAGGAGGCGGUGGCCCUGGUGGAGGAUUGGCACCGGGAGGCGCGGGCUACAGGACAGCGGGAAUUGGAAUUGUGUGAAGAAGAGACCAAGUCCUUAAAGGCAGUGCAAGAAUCUCCGAGCUUCCAGCUGCAGCCAGUGGAUUCCUGGCCUGAGGGACAGUCCCAGAAGCAGUGGGUGAAGAAUACAUGCCCUGACCUUCCCAAUCAUCUAAAUGCCAAGAUGGCACCACAGCCUUUAAAAGAGAGUGCUGUCCUCGCUCCCCGAGUCCCUACUCUCCCAAAGAUGGGGAGUGUUGGAGAUUGGGAGGUGACAGCUGAGUCCCAGGAUGCCCUUGGCCCUGGCAGGCAUGCUGAGAAGGAGUUCUGCAAGGACGCCCUGGGAGACGACUGUGGGAACGGCGUGUGCUUGGGAGUUUCAGUUUCAAAGCCAAGUAUUACCUCCCAGAGAGAGCGAGGACCAGAGUUUUGGGGUAUAAGUCUUAAAAAUUCUUGGAAAAGGAACACUGCAGAUUACAGCAUGGAAAAUGAGCAAACAAAACCUGCUCAGGCAUUGGCCUGGAGGGACUCAAGAACCUGGGAAGAGCAGUACCAAUGGGACGUGGAGGACAUGAAGGUGUCAGGUGUUCACUGGGGCUACGAGGAGACCAAGACUUUCCUGGCCAUUUUGAGUGAGUCUCCUUUCUCCGAAAAGCUCCGUACUUGUCACCAGAACCGCCAGGUGUACCGGGCCAUUGCAGAGCGGCUAAGGGCAAGGGGCUUCCUGCGGACACUGGAGCAGUGUCGCUACAGGGUCAAAAACCUCCUUCGGAAUUACCGGAAAGCCAAGAGCAGCCACCCACCAGGGACCUGUCCCUUCUAUGAGGAGCUGGAAGCCCUGGUGAGGGCUCGGACAGCCAUCAGAGUCACAGACAGCCCAGGAGAGGCUGUGGCACUCCCCAGGCUGGGGGACAGUGACACAGAGAUGGAUGAGCAGGAGGAAGGGGCCUGGGAGCCCGAGGAAACAGCAGAAGACUGUAAUGGUGCUGGCCUGGUCACUGAUGAGUCCGCCCAGGGGUCCAGGAUUGCAGGAGGCCCAGCUCUGCUCCAGAGCCGUAUUGCAGGUGUGCACUGGGGCUAUGAGGAGACCAAGGCCUUCCUGGCGAUUCUCAGCGAGUCCCCAUUCUCUGAAAAGCUUCGCACCUGUCACCAGAACAGCCAGGUGUACCGGGCCAUUGCAGAGCGGCUGUGUGCCAUGGGCUUCCUGCGGACCCUGGAGCAGUGUCGCUACAGAUUCAAAAACCUCCUUCGAAGCUACCGGAAAGCCAAGAGCAGCCACCCGCCGGGGACGUGCCCUUUCUAUGAGGAGCUGGACUCGCUGAUGAGGGCUCGGACCGUGGUCAGGGCCAUAGGGACUGUCAGGGAGGCCAUGGGUCUCCCGAGGUGUGGGCAGAGCAGUGCUGAGGCUGAUGACCAGGAGGCCUGGGCUGAGAUGGCAGAUGAAGAUGCUGUCAAACCUCCAACCCCAUGUCCUAAAACCCCAGACACGGGUUUUGAAGUGAGGCCUGAGGAUGAAGACCAGAUUUCAGAGCAGGACAUUUUUGAGGGUUUGCCUGGAGCCCUGUCCACGUGUACUGCAGAGGCUGUCUGCCGGCCUCUUGACUGGGGGGCAGACAGUGAAAAUGAACUUGAAAAUGAAGGCAAACAGCAGUGGGGAAACCCCCCAGGGGAGCAGUGGGAGGAAUGCUCUUCUGAAGAAGACUUAGAAAAGCUCAUUGACCAUCAAGGCCUGUACCUUGUGGAGAAGCCCUACAAGUGUGAUGCAUGUGUGAAGAGCUUCAGUCGGAGCUCCCACUUCCUCGCUCACCAGCGGAUCCACACGGGUGAGAGGCCCUACAGAUGCCUUGAAUGUGGCAAGAACUUCAGUGACCGCUCCAACCUCAAUACCCAUCAGAGAAUCCACACUGGAGAGAAGCCCUACAAAUGCCUUGAAUGUGGGAAAGGCUUCAGUGACCACUCCAAUCUCGUCACUCACCAGAGAAUCCACACAGGGGAAAAGCCCUAUAAAUGUGGGGAAUGUUGGAAAAGCUUCAACCAGAGCUCAAACCUUCUGAAACAUCAGAGAAUCCACUUGGGAGGAAAUCCUGACCAGUGUAGUGAGCCUGCAGAAGACUCUGGCCAAAGCCCGUCUUUUAGUGCUCACUGGAAGGGUUCUGCAAAGGAGACAUCUCCUGAACAACCUCAGAGUAUCAAUAAGAACUUGAAUUCUCCUGGAGCACACAGCACCAACUCAGGGGAGAAACUCUAUGAGUGUUCUGAAUGUGGAAGAAGCUUCUCUAAAAGCUCUGCCCUCAUCAGUCACCAAAGAAUCCAUACAGGGGAGAAACCAUAUGAAUGUGCCGAAUGUGGGAAAAGCUUCAGUAAGAGCUCCACCCUGGCCAACCACCAGCGAACCCACACCGGGGAGAAGCCGUACAAGUGCGUGGACUGCGGGAAGUGCUUCAGCGAGCGCUCCAAGCUCAUCACGCACCAGAGAGUGCACACAGGAGAGAAGCCCUACAAAUGCCUCGAGUGUGGAAAAUUCUUCCGUGACCGUUCUAACCUCAUUACUCACCAGAGGAUUCACACGGGAGAGAAGCCGUAUAAGUGCAGAGAGUGUGGGAAAUGCUUUAACCAGAGCUCCAGUCUUAUUAUUCACCAGAGAAUCCACACUGGGGAGAAACCCUACAAGUGCAUGGAGUGCGGCAAAGACUUCAACAACAGCUCUCACUUUAGCGCCCACCGGCGAACCCACACGGGAGGGAAAGCAUUGUAGGGGACACCUCCCCCCACGACAAGGGAGAGAGAAAUGUAUAUAUCUUAUAAGAUGUAUGCCGGAAAGAAACUUUCCAACUUUUAGGCUUGGUGUGUACCCAAGGAAGUUACCUUGGUAUAAUCCAGGUAAUUUGGAAGUGAAUUAUAAAUACUAAGGAUCCAGAUUUGAA